UGAAGAAAAAACAAACGCAACAAGAACGGCCGAGGCCAUGUCAAUCAAGUAUGUGCGCUGCACAAACUGUGCCAGAUGUAUGCCCGAGGACAACGCUAUCGUUGAGGUAGCAGCUGUCAGGGAAAUGUCUGACGCCAGCAUUUGUGAAAUAUCUAAGAAGGCCAGAAUGGACCGAACACCAUCUAUCAGGUUCAGACCUGUCAGG